AUGAGGGCGUCGGUGUUGCUUGCUGCUUUCUGGACGCUGUUCUCCAGUGUGACCUGCACUUUAACACCUUUUAUCACUCCAUGCAACUCCUGGGACAGGGAGUGCCUGAAGCAGUCGACACAGCGGGCGCUGCCGGUCAUAGCUGCUGGGGUGACGAGCCUCGGCAUGCAGCCGCUGGACCCAAUGACGCUGGAAGUUGUUUCCGCCACCCAGUCUGGCUUGCAGAUGGAGUUCAGAAAUACCAUAGUCAGAGGCCUUAGAAACUGUGAGGUGAUAAACAUCGAACGGUACACGCAAAGCACCAGGCUGGAGCUGCAGUGCUCCGUGACGCUCAUUGGGGACUACAAGCUUGGCGGACAUCUCUUGAUAAUGCCAAUCGAAGGGCAGGGCAGAUACAAAAUCAAUAUCCGUGAUAUCGUGGUGCAGAUAGACUUCAACUUUAACAAGCGGGAGGCAAACGGACAGCGCUAUUGGUCACUGGAUACCUAUCGCUAUGCUGCAGAUGUACGCACCGGGGUUCAUUUCCAAUUCCAGAACCUGUUUGGCGGAAACAAGCUGUUUGCUGACAACAUCCAUGAGUACGCAAACAACAACUGGCGCGACAUCUUCAAAGAAAUGGCCCCGCCCAUCGUCGACGUCAUCGUCUCCAAGACCGUGAAUGAGAUCAGGAAGCUGUUCUACGGCGUACCUAUCAGCGACCUGAGUUUGAACGAAAGCUAA